AUGAAGCACAGUUUAAGCCCAAUACAACUGACCAAUCAAAAUUAGUGAAUGCACUGCAUCUCUCUGCAGUGGAGAGAAGCGACAAGGUAGGCUGUCAUUCUGCAAAAGCUGCCCAGAACAGGCUUUCCUCCGAAAAGCAGUGCCGUUCCUUUUUAGAAAGACUGAAUCUAAAUGUUGUCUCUGGAGACAAGAAGCCUUCAGUAUGUUAAAUUACUUUCAUUAUGUAUUUUCAGAUGCUUAUUGAUUCCACAGUAGGAAGAGUGAGAGACUGCAGCAGCCUCUAAGCAGCACUACAUGUUCCAUACAUUAGCAGUACUGCUGAAACAAUGGCACACUACAGACACAUAUUUUCAUUAAGGUCAUUUUCGAAGAGAUGUUUAUGACCCUCUUCCCCCAGUCCUCUACUAACAAGUGAACAAAAUGAAUCAAUCCAAACUGGAAAUGCUUCAACUACAUCAAGAAUUUAUCAAAUCUUUAGCGGAGGACCGAUAGCAGCUAAUUCAGUAUUUACAACUGACAAUAUGAAGAAUGCAACUGACUGAGCAUCUCCCUAGCUGUCUGAACUACGAACUGCAAGAUGUUCCUAUAACAUGACUUAAGACAUUAAGGAGUUAAAACCAGGGAACAGGUCUACAUUACUGUUGGAAUAUAAAAAAUCAACUGUAUCCUAGGAAGAUGCUACAGAAAAUAACCACAAAAAGAAAAACAAUAUAACUGUAAAAGCCCGAAAAGAACUGGUGAGCAUUUUAAAAAAGGAAGUUUAUACUUUAACAUAUCAGAAUUGUGGAAGCUACUGAUUCUGGAAGAAAUAAUGAAACAUGAAUUUCCAAAAAGAAAAUAACAUACUUGACCAGCAAACAAAAGGAAGAUUUAGCAAGUGUGUUGUGCACUAAAUAUUCAGAUAUUCAUAUCAAUUGAUACGACUAAUGGAUUUUUCUGACUUUUAUGACCAAUUAUGUAUCCUCUUCUAAUGAAAACAAACCAAAUUAAAUAGCAGAUGGUUUUUAUCAAAAGGGCAUGGCCUGGAUUUAUAAUAUAAAGCAAGUUAUGUGAUCAAGAAAUCAUUUCAAAAUAGUGAGGACUGCUAUAAAAACAGUUUACAAUUGUAACAAAAGGAUGUUUAAAUAUAUUUUAGAAGCUACAAACCUUAUGAUGUUUCCUUUUUUGUUUUCACAUAUUCUGGAAAAUAAAGAGACAUUCUCAUGUACACCAUCAAAGGGAAACAUAAUUCCUAUCAUCUGAGGAAGUUUCUCUUGGUCAUGACUUUUUAAAGCAAAACAAAUAAAAUAUUAUGUACUGUUCUUUAGAAAUCCAUCAGCCAACUAAAUCUCAUAAUGCAUGCAGUUGAAGUACUGGAGAGAAAAUGAAAGAAUUCCUACAAGACAUGAAAUAAAUCACAGCUACUUCACUGUUGUCAGGUAAAAAUUCAUGUCAAAAUCUGUCAAUGAUAUCAUGUAUCAAUUUGUCAAAAACUGCCAUUGUGAGCCAAAAGGCCCAUAAGGCAACAGCAAACAGGGAAAAAAACAACUGCUCCAAAAGAAUGUGCUUUUCUCCCAUUCUGGAAAUCAACAUGCAGUCUGAAUCUAACAUUACAGUGCGAGAUGACAUUGAUGACAUCAACACCAAUAUGUACCAACCACUAUCAUAUCCGUUAAGCUUUCAAGUGUCUCUCACCGGAUUUCUUAUGUUAGAAAUUGUGUUGGGACUUGGCAGCAACCUCACCGUAUUGGUACUUUACUGCAUGAAAUCCAACUUAAUCAACUCUGUCAGUAACAUUAUUACGAUGAAUCUUCAUGUACUUGAUGUAAUAAUUUGUGUGGGAUGUAUUCCUCUAACUAUAGUUAUCCUUCUGCUUUCACUGGAGAGUAACACUGCUCUCAUCUGCUGUUUCCAUGAGGCUUGUGUAUCUUUUGCAAGUGUCUCAACAGCAAUCAACGUUUUUGCUAUCACUUUGGACAGAUACGACAUCUCUGUAAAACCUGCAAACCGAAUUCUGACAAUGGGCAGAGCUGUAAUGUUAAUGACAUCCAUUUGGAUUUUUUCUUUUUUCUCUUUCCUCAUUCCUUUUAUUGAGGUAAAUUUUUUCAGUCUUCAAAGUGGAAAUACAUGGGAAAACAAGACACUUUUAUGUGUCAGUACAAAUGAAUACUACACUGAACUGGGAAUGUAUUAUCACCUGUUAGUACAGAUCCCAAUAUUCUUUUUCACUGUUGUAGUAAUGCUAAUCACAUACACCAAAAUACUUCAGGCUCUUAAUAUUCGAAUAGGCACAAGAUUUUCAACAGGGCAGAAGAAGAAAGCAAGAAAGAAAAAGACAAUUUCUCUAACCACACAACACGAGGCUACAGACAUGUCACAAAGCAGUGGUGGGAGAAAUGUGGUCUUUGGUGUAAGAACUUCAGUUUCUGUAAUAAUUGCCCUCCGGCGAGCUGUGAAACGACACCGUGAACGACGAGAAAGACAAAAAAGAGUCUUCAGGAUGUCUUUAUUGAUUAUUUCUACAUUUCUUCUCUGCUGGACACCAAUUUCUGUUUUAAAUACCACCAUUUUAUGUUUAGGCCCAAGUGACCUUUUAGUAAAAUUAAGAUUGAGUUUUUUAGUCAUGGCUUAUGGAACAACUAUAUUUCACCCUCUAUUAUAUGCAUUCACUAGACAAAAAUUUCAAAAGGUCUUGAAAAGUAAAAUGAAAAAGCGAGUUGUUUCCAUAGUAGAAGCUGAUCCCCUGCCUAAUAACGCUGUAAUACACAACUCUUGGAUAGAUCCUAAAAGAAACAAAAAAAUUACCUUUGAAGAUAGUGAAAUAAGAGAGAAAUGUUUAGUACCUCAGGUUGUCACAGACUAGAGAAAAGUCUAAGUUUCACCAAAUCCACAUUCAAAUGAGUUUUAAAUUUAAAUUGUAAAAACGGAUAUUACUGCCAAAUAUAAGAAGAAAUAUUUUAAGUAUUGAUUAUGUUGUAAAUUUUCAAUGUGAAUGUCAAUUAGAUUAGGUCAUAUAUAUUCAACUUCAUUACUUAAUGUAUUUGUUGCAUGGCAGUUUGUUAAAAGUACUAUCAUGUGUAUAUUUUGUCAAUAUUAUGUCCAACAGAAAAUAUUCAUGUAAGUCAUAUUUUCUAAAGAAUAAAUACAUAGCCUUAAAACAGUGUAUAACUUUAAAGUGUAACUAACAUAGGUAUCCUUGCUUUUUUUUGAAGUUACAGUGCAUUAUUUCUAAGCCACAAAUUACAGAUAUAUUUACAUGACAACUGGGG